GUGAAAGAAAGUCUCUGAGUCUGCAUGUGGUUAAGAGAAUCCCAUAAAUGUGACUGUGAUAAGCACAGUUUGAUAUUUUUAAACAUGAACACAAGAGACUUCACUCUAGGUGUGCUGACACUGGCGGGGAUGACUGCUUUAGCCAAUUACAGAAAUCUUGUCUAGGCCCUCUAGAGAUGACUCACUCAGUGGGGAAUGCAGAUGAGCGAUUGAGCUUAAAGGGCAGGAAAGUCCAGUAAUAAUUUAAAGCCCCCUCAAAGUUUCAUUCUUUGAAUAUUUGGCUCUUUUCAGUGUUGAAUGUUCACUGACUUUAGACAGAGGAACUCGGGGUUCAGUAAAGAGGAGAAUCAUGACGAGCUUCCAUCCUUUCUAGUUCUUCUUGAUACUUCAGAUUGAAGAUGACAGAAGCAUCAACAGAAACAACGCCCAUGUAUGACUAUACGAGCAACUGUGACAAUUCCAGUUCAGACGUCCAAGAUGGAUCAAAGUUCUUUUUAGUUCUUUACUGCAUGAUGUUUGGCUUUGGUUUGCUUGCCAACUGCACAGUUCUGUGGGUUCUCAUUCAGCACAUAAAGCUGAGGAUGAUGACGGAUGUGUUACUCCUCAAUCUGGUUAUGUCUGACCUUCUACUAGCCGUGUCUCUGCCCCUCUGGAUUCUCAAAUCCCAGAGUGUUGCAUUGUGCAAAGUGGUUACAGGAAUCUAUCAGCUAGGAUUCUACGGUGGAACUUUCUUUGUGACCCUGAUGAGUGUGGACCGUUACCUGGCCAUCGUCCAUGCUGUGGCAGCCAUGCGAGCCCGGGCACUUCGUUACGGAAUCAUAGCGAGUGUUGUCAUCUGGACUGUAUCCGUGAUCUUGGCGGUCCCUCAAGUAGCAUUUGCCUCCUUGGAAACAGAAGAUUCUGAGACUUUUGAAUGCCAUCCAGUGUACCCAGAGGAAACAAUAGAGUUCUGGAAAAAGCUGCGAAACUUCAGCGAAAACACAGUGGGCAUUUUCUUGUGCCUCCCAAUCAUGAUUUUUUGCUAUGUGAAGAUCCUUCUGGUUCUGUCCAAAUCCAGGAACUCAAAAAAAGACAAGGUGGUAAAGCUGAUCUUCACAGUGGUGUGUGUGUUCAUAGCGUGCUGGGUUCCCUACAACAUUUUGGUUUUCCUGCAGACACUAGAGCAACUUGAGAUCCUGGAUGACUGUGAGGUCUCAAACAACAUCAGCAGAGCCAUGCACGUCACUGAGACCAUUGCGCUUUCUCACUGCUGUUUAAAUCCAAUCAUCUACGCAUUUAUGGGGGAGAAGUUCAGGAAGUCGCUGGGCAAUGCUUUAAAGAAACACUUCUGUCAUAAGAGCAGAAGGUCUUUGAGCCACAGAGACACCACAGAGAAUGAGACAUCCAACACAGGUGUUAGGUCCACCUAUUAAAUUCGUGUGUGGUAAAGGUGUUUGAUUGUGGAUAGGCAUUGAAUGUGCAUGAGUCACCAUGUUUGCUGAAGAAUUUUUUUUAAACUAAAGAAUCACAAAGCUUGUGUAGGUGUGCGUAUGCACAUCGGUGGAGACUAGAUGAAUGCAAGAAUGUGGUUAAGGCUGACAAGAUAAGAAAAGUUCUGAGUAUUUGCCAUAACUACAGAAAAAUUCAUUCUGAAAGUGAGAAAAGGUUUAGAAGUGUAUAAAGGUGUUAUUCCUCACUUUUUAUUCAGUUAUUGUGUGUGUAACCCUUAAGUCAAUUUGUAAAUUAAA